GUUGGUAACGGAAUAACUGUGUGUCUAGACGUUCCUGACUCGGUGACUUCAGUUAAAGGUCGUAGAUCCCGGUGAUAUUUCCAGAGAGGGUAGUAACUGGAGCGAACAAAUAUUUUCGUACUGCUACUGGCCAUCGGGGAGAGGGGAUGGCAAAUAACGGGAAUCUAUUGUCUCAUUUCUCUGCAAUUCUUGGUGUUCCGGAACAGGUGUCACUCUCUUUCCGGCCUUUGGUUGCGUUAGAGGGUAUUGACUUUCGUUCCGCGUUCUUGUUUUUCUUGGUAUUGUUGCUAUUACUACCAAUAGUUGCCAACAUGAAGAGGUCGAGGACAAGCGAACUGUGGUCAUAUUUCGAAAUUCUUGAUCGAGAGUUUACGAAAUGUACUUUGUGCGGUAAGAAAUUAUCGUACAAAUCGACGACGACGAAUUUAAAGAAACAUCUCCAGAAAUCACAUUUAAUUGUGAAUUUCUCUUCACAAAGACCUUCGGAGCUAGAUUUGGGUGAAACCCUUCCUGUAGAGGUGAUCCUUGGCACCAGUAGUGUGGAAGAGGAGCGAGCUGCUCCAGCCCCCUCAAUGCAGCAAGGUGUUCAAAGUUCUAUGACAUCGUACCUCUCCAAAAGGAUCGGAGUGAAUCAGAAAAGGAAGAUAGAUGGGCAACUUCUUCAGCUGUUCACUAAAGACUUCCAACCAUUUUCAGUCGUUGAAGAUUCGGGGUUUUGUGUGGGCCCUUAA